AUUACAAUCCACGGCCAUCCAGCAUCGCUGAGCACAGGUCAAUUAUUCUUGAAAUCGUUUCGACCCAAAAUUCACGUUUUGUCACGUAUCAGCAGCCCUAAUCGUGACGGCCGCUCCGCUGCGGUCCCAUCCACGCCAUGGGCUGCCCGCGGCACAGCCUUCACCGACCAGCAAUUGCUGCGGUCUUGCCUAGCAAGACAUGUUCUGCAGCGUUUGGUCGAUUCCAAUUCCGCCACCAGCCUGGGCCAUCUGGGUAUUACAGCGUUGCAGGUUCCGGAGCCGCCGCCAGCUUUCCUAGCGCUCGAAUCUGCCUUGGUGCGUGCCGCACGGCAUGGGCAGCUUGGAGAGACAUUGCAGGGUUUCCUGGAUCCGCCGUUCACACACGUGGGCUACAUGACUCCCUCGGGUCGGCGCUGCCUGCUGACCCCGAGCGAAACCGUGCAGUGCUUCUCAGACCCCUGCCUAGAAGCCUUCCUGCUCUCGCUCUUCACCAGCAUUGAACACCAGCGAGCGCCGAUGGUCACGCUCAGCCCGCACUGCCUCUUCCACGCGCACCUCUUCUUGGCUCACCAGCCAGCGGGUGGCGUGGGUUUGCUCUUCCAUGCCUGCGAGUACCCUCGCUUCGAUGAGCUGCACUUUCCGUACCGCUUGGGCCAUUGCCAGGAAGGCAGCAAGCUGAGCGUCACGCAUGGCCAGCUAGCGCAGCGAAACCUGCUGUGGUAUCAGGGGCAACUGGUGUUGCUGGAUGUGACGCCCGGAUUUGUUCUAAGGCACCUACUAUGGGAGGAGACAUCAGAGUUAUGCACUCUCUAUGAAGAAGAUU